AGUAUACACUUUCGAAUUAUCGCCCUUGACAAGUAGCCAAAGAUGCAGACAACACGCUGAACUCGCCAAAUUAAAGGCGAUGUACUGAUUAGUCUGUCAUGGCCAACGAUUCAGAAGAAGAUGAUUACAUGUCUGAUGCAAUAUUACAACAAUGCAAGGACACACGCCCAGGCCUGGUGUCAUCCAGACAGGCCAAGAACUACCAGAGAGAAGAGAAACAAAAGCAAGCUAAACUCAAUAAUACAGUAAAGCCGAAAAAAGUUUUAGAAAAUGAGAAGAGAGAGGAAGGAUUGAAGUCAGCAAUUGGCAGUGAAAACAAAGGCUUCGCUCUUCUUUCCAAAAUGGGAUACAAACCAGGAACGGCUCUUGGCAAACGGGGAGAGGGCCGUUCAGAGCCAGUGCCAAUAGAACUGAAAGAUGGCCGAGGGGGUUUGGGCCGAGACACAGAGACCAAGAGGAAACAGGCUCAGGCAGUGGCCUUUCGUGCAAUGAUCAGCCACAAACGACAGAAAAUGGAGCUUCAACAGAAACAACAUUUCAUGUCACAUAUGAGUAACAGAUUCUCAGAGCAGCAGGCUGAGCGAGAUUUAUAUAAGAGUCAGAAAGUUUGUGAACAACUGGAUUCUCAACUGGAUAUCAAAGAGCCAGAACUCCAUUACUAUUGGCCUGCUGCUCACCUAAAAAGGUUAAAAAAGAAGGCUCAACAGCAUGUUAAAGAUGAAAGUGAUUAUGACGAUGAUUUCAAUGACGAUAGAGAUGAUAACAUACCUAAAAAGCCAUUAAGAUCAAUACAUGAUUUUGAAGAAGAGGAAGAGGAGGAGGAGGAGGAGGAGGAGGAAGAAGAAGAAAUUAUAGACACAGUACCAACAAUCGAGAAGCUUCAGAUUUUAACAAAGUACCUGCGGACCAAGCAUGUCUACUGUGUAUGGUGUGGCACUAGAUAUAAUGAUGCAGAGGACUUAGAAUCAUCAUGUCCAGGGGAUACAGCAGAAGCUCAUGAUGAAUGAUCAUUAAGAGGAUAGUCAGUGAAGGAAAUGUUCAAAACUUGUUCCAGAUACAUGUACAUGUAUUUAGUAAAAGGAAUUUCCUCGUGAGAAUUCAACUCCGAAUUGAACAUCACACAUGCUGAUCAUGUAGGAUUUUCAUCCAACUCCGACGGUCACACCCUUGAUAUCCGAGAAUGACCUCUACUCAAAAUCAUACAUGUGGUCAUCUGGUUACUUCCACACCUAACCUUGAAGGUCAUGUCUUUGAUAUCUUCAAGUAUGUGAUCAUCUGGCGACUUAAGCCGACUUUCAGUAAAAAAAAUCACAAACCUAAAGGGCUUUCCAUCUAACAGUGACACAUGAUAAUCCUGUGGUGAUUUUCAUUCAUUGUUGGUGGAUAUAAAGUCUUAUUUAGUGACCUCUGUGCUAUGUUCAAGGUUAUCCAGCACACAUAUUUUGGUGGUACCCGAGGGUAAGGAACCUCCUUCAUGUAGCUUCUUCCUCUGAUUGUUUGGUAUAUACCUGUAUCCGAGUGUACCUUGAAUAUUUGAAACAAAAUAUUGUGUAGGUCUACAGACACACAUAAGACUCUGCUAUUGACAGUGAAGGAGAGUUCAGUAUGUUCAGAUACAGAAUGUGAGAAAUAAAUAUCAUACCAGUAAUUACUAUUGAACCUGGGAUUGAUGACUACAUAAACUGAGAUGUUGACUGUGUACUGUACUUUUAUAAGACUGUAAGGUGUACACUGGCAACUAAGAAAUAUGACAUUUUUAUAUGUGAUAAAAUAAUGAAUAUUAAAAAUGUGAUAAACAAAC